AUGUCUAUUGACUAUUACCCAAUAGGGGGACAGAGCGGUAGUGCAGGGUUGCAGGGUCCCGGAGCUAGGGAUGGAGGCUGUGUAGGGCAAGUGGCCUGGUCGGUGUCUCCUCUGAGAGGCGGUGAAAGCAGAGACUGGAAGGCAGAGAGCCUUGCCGACCUGUGGCCGAAGAGCUCUGGAGGCAGCCGCCGGUGGUGCAAAGGCCCUGGGGCCGGCCCAAUCAGGCUGCGGAGGCCGGAGCUCCGGGAGGCGGCACAAGCGAGCAGACGGCCGGGCGGCGGAGGCCGGCCUAGCCGGAGCCCCGCGAUCACCUUACAAGACAUGCUGUUGCUGAAGACAGAAGGCAUCUAUGACAUCUGAGAGAGGCUCGGCUCGGGUACCUUCUCCGAGGUGGUCCUGGCCCAGGAGCAGGGCUCUGCACAUCUCGUGGCCCUCAAGUGAAGGAGCAAGGAGGCCCUGGUGGAGAAUGAGAUAGCAGUGCUCCGUAGGAUCAGUCAUCCCAACAUCGUGGCUCUGGAGGAUGUCCAUGAGAGCCCUUCCCACCUCUACCUGGCCAUGGAACUGGUGACAGGUGGCGAGCUGUUUGACCGCAUCAUGGAGCGUGGCUCCUACACCGAGAAGGAUGCCAGCCAUCUGGUGGGUCAGGUUCUCGGCGCCAUCUCCUACCUGCACAGCCUGGGCAUCGUGCACCGGGACCUCAAGCCUGAAAACCUCCUCUAUGCCACGCCCUUCGAGGACUCCAAGAUCAUGAUCUCCGACUUUGGACUCUCCAAAAUCCAAGCUGGCAACGUGCUAGGCACUGCCUGUGGGACCCCUGGAUAUGUGGUCCCAGAGCUCUUGGAGCAGAAGCCCUACAGGAAGGCUGUAGAUGUGUGGGCCCUGGGUGUCAUCUCCUACGUCCUGCUGUGUGGGUACCCCCCCUUCUACGACGAGAGUGACCCUGAGCUCUUCAGCCAGAUCCUGAGGGCCAGCUAUGAGUUUGACUCUCCUUUCUGGCCCAUGCUUGGGGAUGAAGCCAAAGACUUCAUCCGGCACCUUCUGGAGAGAGACCCGCAGAAGAGGUUCACCUGCUAGCAGGCCCUGCAGCACCUUUGGAUCUCUGGGGACACAGCCUUCGACAGGGACAUCUUAGGCUCAGUCAGUGAGCAGAUCCAGAAGAACUUUGCCCGGACUCACUGGAAGUGAGCCUUCAAUGCCACCUCAUUCCUGCGCCACAUCCGGAAGCUGGGCCAGAGCCCAGAGGGCGAGGGGGCCUCUGAGCAGCGCACGGCCCGCCACAGCUGCUCAGGCCUCCGUGCUGGCCAGACCCCCAAGUGGUGAUGCCCAGGUGUGUGUGGCCAAGAGCUAACUGGGGUGGCCCCAUGGGCCAGAGAGCUGAGGGCAGAGGGCACAGAGGGAGGAGCCAGGGCCCCAGGAGAGGCAGAAGGACAAGGACAGCUAGUGGUGCCCGAUGUUAGGCAAGGCCUUGACUGAGGCAGGGCUGGGGGUACAGGUCCGACAAGCUGGCUCCUGACUACCCCCUUUCCCUCGGCUUCUCCCUCUCAGGCAGAUGUCAAGGCCAAGCAACCGACCCCUAGAUUUCCUUCCCUUGGACACUUUUAGUCCCCUCCCCCAACCUCUCCCCCUGGAGUUUGAAUUCGAGGGUGUGCUGCAUGGCGCUGGGGUGGGAAUGGGGCACUCCGAAGUCUGUCCCCAGGCUCUGCCCUGCCUGGGGACAGCGGCUCCCCUCCUCUUUGACCUCGCCUGCCCCUGCCUCCACCCCACUGAAAGAUGGGGAGGCGCUGGCAGGCGGGCCUCAGGAGCUGUCUUUCCUGCACGCUGUUCUGUGCUUCGUUGAGUGUAGGUGAUCCUGCUCGUGUCAUGGUCGUGGCCUUCCAGCCCCCUCCAGUUUUCCCCAAACCAAUAAAGAUAGA